AUGUCUUCCCUACCAAACACAAGCCCCUCCCUCUUCAGCGGCAAAAUCGAUACCUCGGUGCUCUCUGAGGUGUCCAAGACUCUCCAUGAUGCUGCGACACAUCUGCCUCAGCGAGGUUUCCACGAGCCCGUCCGUCCCCAAUCCACUCUGCCUCGGUCCGAGCCCGCUGUGAGCCUCGACAAGCAGAUCAGCAAGAUUCACUCGGCGCUGCAGAAGAUGUUUCCCCCUCAGUCGCACUACGAUGAAGCUUCCGAAUCAGUACAGGCUGGAGAUCUGGCUCAGGUCCAUGAGACCUUGCUGACGGAGCUCGUCACUGUCUUGACAUGCGAGGACACACAGGGUUGCCAGCCUGCGCAAGCCAAACAAGAGACGUUGCGUGUUCUGGCCGAGGAGCUGUGCCACACGUCAGAUGACAUCGACAUCCUCUCCGAUCCACUGACUGGCAACGACCUCAAGUCCAACUUCCAAGCCUUCCGUCACCGGAUGAGCUCCCUGAUCAACGAUGCGGAGAACAACUUUCGCGAAGCGAUGAUUACUCGAGGCGCAAAUGUCGACUUGUCCGCCAUUGGCACUGAGACCAUUGCGGCUGCGUGGUCUGCGAUGCACCGAGAGACUGAUGGACUGGCAAUGGAGGCGACGAAAUGUCUGCAGAGCGCGUGCAGCGAUUUUGUGACGUCGAAUGCGGAACCGUUGCGUUUGCGGGCGUCGAAUGUUGCCUUGUGCUGUGCCGCCGCUCUCGCUGCCGACAAGUGGGUCAGGGGAGACUCAGGCGCCAAAGACGCACUGGUCGAGAGAUUGAGGAGUCAGCAGUCCGCCAAUCGCAGGGCGUGGGAGGAGUGGAGAAUCGACUAA